AUGUUGAACGCAAAUGCCAGGUCCUUCGUCCCCCAAGCCGCUGGAGAUCACGGAGCACCGCACAGGAGCAAUUUUUACCGGUAUCUUUUAAUGUUACCAACCAUCAGAAAAUAUGAUGCUACGAAAGAAUCCGAAGAAACAAGUGGAUUAUUUCAACUCUUAACGAAGAGGUUACUCUGUAGUUAUUCCCACGGAGGCCCAGGCGAUGAUGCUUUACAGGUAUUUACUACCACAUUCUUCAGUAAUGUGAAGAAUGCUGGAUAUUGUUCUGGCACCGAGGCACCAACUGGAAUUCUACUAUCCCGCUCCAUUUUGUCACUUACAGGCACUGUGUCCGACAUAUGUGCCAUUAGCGCGGCACCUGGUUUUCUGGUUCGUGUUGAGGUUCCUAAGGAGUGCGGUGCUGAGGUUGCACCUCAGCUGAAAGCUGCUUGGGACGACUACUUCUGGACACUUCGAGAGGAUCCUCGGGUUUUGGCGGUGGGUUACGUGGGAUCUUUCUGUGGAACAUCAUCAAGUAGGCGAUACGCUGGCACCCACCGCCACUACUUUUUUGUGUCGAUAAUCAUCCCGCAACCGGAAGAUGUUCACUUUUUCCAGACGGCUCUAUUGGGAAUUAACUUUCAUCCCCUCCGUAUUACAGAGGUAAAUGCCGUAGCAUCAUUUGCUUGUAGCAUGCAAGUUCCUCUCACCGUGGUUGUCUCGAUAGGGGAUGAUGCAAGCAAGAAGUUGCUAUCAGAUGGCAAGCCUGAUCGGUCAUUUUUUGUUUCUUUGUAUCCAUGUGAUGUUUCACGUACAUUAUCCAGUUUAAAAGAAUACGAAACACAUUUUUUGUCACUUCUGAAGGAACAAAAUGACUGGCCGAAGCCAACUGUUGUUCAUGUUAACAUUAAUAUCGAUUAUUCUCACCACGUAGGGACGUUAGUUUGUCCAGUGUUUGAUAUGCUGGCAUUCGUUGGGGAUCUGUGUGAUGAUACGGCAGCCAGCGUUUCGGGUGUUUGUGUGAGCGAUACAACGUUGCGAAAGGAAUUUGGUGUGACGCUGUGCACGGAAGCAGACGGUUGGUUUUUGAAUGCGACGCUAAACUAUGUGCUGGCUGCGGGUCGGUCAUUCGACAUGUCGAGCACUUGCUUUGGUUAUGUUCCCCAGCACUUCAGAAGGUCCAUUACGUUUGCUCAAUACGAAUACGCUCACAAAAUAGCGGAGAAGUGGCUUCCUGUUAAUUGUGUCCCAGUCCCACUCAACAGAAUGACGUUUGCUGCGGCAGCAGAAGAAUUUUCCAAAUACCCGUACUAUGUACGGAGUAAGACCGUGGGAGCAAAUGUACUACUGAUUACAAAUAGCGAGGGGGAUGUUUUUUGUGUAGACGUUAAGACGGGAAGCAUUUCUGCACUUCCAGAUUACUUUCGGGGGCUGGGUGGAAGGGCGAAAAAUAGCGUUUUUUCUGCUGUCGUUGCUUCUUCCUACCGAAGUUACCUGGAUUAUGUCAUAAUAGUGGAGGAUAUUCUAUCUUUUGAAGAAGCUGACGUGCGAGAGCUACCCUUUCCAGAGCGGUGGUUUUACGUGGAAAAGUGUUUGCUUGACAAUUACGCAAGCCGUCCACACACGAGCCCCAAUCGGGUUGCCAUUGUCCGGACAAUAUAUACCGUUUCAACUCAAGCUGAGCGCUUACUUAGAAACCCACCGGCAGGACAUCCAACAUUGGGCUUAGUUUUUGUGCCUCACGUUACCAACUGCAAAGAGAAAGAUACCUCGGUUUAUAGCUGGAUCCCUACAUCCUCGACAACUGCGGUGUUUAUUGUUGGUGACGUUGAAAAUGUCCAUCCAGAGAGUGGAGAUGUAAAACGGGCGUGGCUUCUUGUGGCUGACAGCGGUAAGAAUACCAUGUCUUAUAACAAUGAAUAUGUUGACUAUAUAUGGGACUCUGCCCCCGAGCUUAGGAGCGGCUCCGUCAUCGAAUGCGUCCUAAAGCGAAGUGACGAUGGUUCUCAUUGGUGGGAGUUGCUUCGGGGCCGUGGUCCGGAUAUGGGGUACCAGCCAGAUACGUUCGACAUCGUUGAGAGACUUGUUCAUGUGCCUGGAUUGACGCAUAAGGAAAUGCUGUGGCUACUUGACGCUGCCAAAUACAGGUGUGGAAGGUGUCAUAACGUAAGUGACGUAGGAAGAAUGAACGUGAAGCACAUGGCGUAUUGGUGCAAAAAGUGCUGGAGCGAAACAGGCCAUGGGGAUUGUCUAUACUGUGGUCGGUUCUGUGUUAUGGGAAAGAAUGACACCCUAAACCAACACUUCUAUUGUGAUAACUGUUGGGGCACAUUUUCUGCUACUAACUUGAAAGCAGAAAUUGGAUAUUUGGCCCCCCCACCGGAAAAUGCAUCGUUUGCAACCCAUGUCUUAACCCGGUGCGCAUCUUUACUCAUAGAUAUAAUAACUCCUAAGGUGGCCACGAAUGACGUGCUUGAGAUUUGCUGUGGGGGAUACCUUUUAAGAAAAUGGAUAAGGAACAAAACGGCUCGGUACAUUGGUUUCGAUUUGAAGUCGAGUGUCGUGGAUGCUGCGAGCGAGCUCAUUUCUUCAUUACGCCAUGAAAUGACAGAGAUGUCAUUUUAUGACGUUAUCUGUGCCGAUGUGUUCUCUGCAAACUUUUGGAGUCACCACUUGACGAAGAUCCACCCAAGACAAUUUCAUGUCAUAACUGCGUUUGCCGGAUUUCAUCAUGCAUUCGGAACAGAGUACACCGCGAUGCGGCUUAUCGAAAGCGUGGCCAAUGCCCUAAUUCCCGGUGGGGUAUUUAUAGGUUGCUUCUUCGAUGUUGAGCCAUUAUUUGCUAAAGGCAGUUUUGGUAACGGUGUUUUUGCGAUUGAGUGGGCCGCAGAUUUCUUACCAAGGGUGGGAAAUCACUUUCUGCUUUCGGUGCAGAAGGGUCAUUUCAAAAAAGUCAACGUCGUUCCGGUUGAUUUUCUCGUUGCUGUAGGGCGGGAGUGUGGACUUGUUGUUGUUCCCAAGGCUUGCUCAACAUUCCAAGGGAUUUUGGAUAAUGACCGUGGCUUCAAUAAAACAAUUUCGUCCGGCGAGAAAGACUACCUGCUUGCAAUGAGGGCGAUUGCAUUUCGCAAAGAGGGUAACGCACAAGCGGGUAUAGUUCCGACACAAAACGUUGACCUUAACAGGGAUUAA